AUCCUUGUUUGGACUAAGCGAGGUGACACCCACUGCAGCUAUGGGUGUAAUGGUGGCUUUGAAACUAAUGAUGUCAAAAAGUGCAUUUCUCUACAUUUCCCAACGCCCUGCAACAAAUGUGCAGGACAACAGUUAUCAGUUAGAAGCAGGUCCAACUAUGCUGCAAGAUUGUGAUAAAAUACAUCAUAAUUUGAAUACAAGUGACACAUUGAAGUGUAUGGUAGUAUAAAAUUAUGAAUAAUGUAAUCAUUGGAAGAAUUUAGUUGUUGUUUUUUUGGGGGGGGGGGUCAAAGUCUGUAAGCAAAAGUAGUAUAUGCAGUGAAAUAUUGCAGUUUUUUAAAUGCAAUUAAUUUUCUGAUAUAUAAAUUGCUUGUUUGAUGUGUAUCCAAUGCGUGAGCAGUGAGCUCCCUCUUGUAUUUGGCCUAUUCUGGAUCAGUUUGCUUUCAGCAAACAUGUUGUGCAAAAGAUAUGUAUUAUACCUUUAGUAAAGUAAGGUUGGUAUACUUGUUACAAUAUAUAAACAGUAUUGUAUAUUAGUAUUGUAAUGUUGUAUUUAUGUUUAGAACCUGUAUUUACAUACGUUGUUUUUUGCUAGCCCUGAAGAUGAAAUUAUAUAUUUCAAAACUUCAGCACUCUAGAUUUUUUUUUUUUUACUUUUACUACCUUUCUGCCCAAAUCCCACAAUUUGAAACCUG